UACAAGGACGACACAACCUCCAAACAUCGUGCAGACAACAUCAUUGAAGGAGAUAGACAUCUGAAAGAAAAUCACACAAGUCAAGUUUCUGAGAGCAUCAUGGAGGACUUCAACCAGUCCAUGCCAUCCGGCAUGAGGAAUGCUGUUCAUACGGGAGUGAACAUGACUGUACCCCAGGGGUUUGUGUGGACGGCGCCGGUCAUACAGCGUGUGAUCACUAUCGGCAUUAUCAUGUUCCUCACACUGGUCGGUAACGGCACGAUCAUCGCCGUCCUGACGCAGAAACGCCGCUUCAGCCGGGUCAACAUCUUCUUACUCAACCUCGCCAUCGGCGACCUUUGCGUCUGCGUCGUUACCAUGACUACGGAGAUCUUGUUCGUAGCGUUUGACCAAUGGGUGCUGGGCGCCGUACUGUGUAAGAUGAUAGUGUACGGACAGAUUGUGACCUUAGCGAGCGCCACGUUCAUCCUGACGGCCAUGAGCAUUGACCGCUACAUGGCCAUCACCAACCCUCUGCAGAUGUCCACGAAACAUCGGACCCUCGCGCACCGGAUGGUCGCCCUGGCCUGGAUAGCCGCCUUCAUGCUGGCCAUCCCGCAGCUCCUGAUAUUCGUGCAGAAGGAAGUUCGGAAGGAGAACGGCGAGACGGCCUACGCGUGCCAGAGUAAGGGCUACACGGCGGAGUGGCAGCGCAAGGUGUACGUCACCUGGCUGGCGUUCUACGUCAUGGUGGCCCCUGGCGUCAUCAUCACGUACUGCUACAUCAGGAUCGUGCUGACCCUGGGGAGAGAGGGGUCGGACAGCAUAGACACCCAGUCGGCCCUACGGCGCUCUGAUAACGAGAAGAUCAUGAAGGCCAAAGUCAAGACCAUAAGGAUGACCCUGUGUAUCGUGAUCGGAUUCCUGGCCACAUGGACGCCGUACUUUGUCGUCACUCUGUACGACGUGUACGCCGGGCAGGGCCUCCCGGAGGUCGCCUACGUCGUCGCCGAGACCAUGGCGCUCUUCAACUCCGCGCUCAACCCGAUCAUCUACGGGUUCUUCAGUCUCAACUUCAGCGAGAUCUUCUACAAAAUCUGCUGCCGGUGCCGGCAGGGUCCGGAGGACUAUCGAGUCCGGAAGGGUUUCAUUCAGACAUUCCGGACUGAGGUUCCGGAUCAUGGGAUGUACAAGAUGAAGAGUUUGCGACGAAGGCCGACACAUCCAAACGCAAACGGAGACGUCGCAGAUGACUGCAAAAAUACGUAAAGCUGCUCUAUGUAAUGGAGGUUGCAACGUUGUGUCAGAAGAAAGCAUGUGCAA